CCGUCGUCACAUCAAAAAAUGACCUAACCUAAAAAAAAAAUAAAAUUAAAGUAAAAUGUUGAAUGGAAUGGGUACUUGAUCCGCACCGGAAAUUCCCCGAAGGGUGAAAAACAUCAGCGUCGUUCUGUCGUCGGUAUGACGGCAUUCAUCCCAAGAAACAAACAACGGUACAUGGUUCCAAGGAUUAGACUUACUAUUGUAAGAUGUAAAAAACUGGGAAGGUUAGUAUUAAUAUGUAGGUGGUAUGUCGAUCAUAUUAUUUUUGGUUGUUAUUUUUUCUUUUCAUUCACUUGGACAAGCAAGCCACUGGCAAAGUACAUCAUCCAUCAUACAUCAUCGAUCGUCCCCCCUUGUACUAUCUUCAAAGUACUACUACUUCAUUCACUAGAGAGUAUUACGGCUGAGUGUCGCUGCACGACAUAUAUAUAUCCCCGUGUGAUACUUUCGAGUUCUUCCAUCAACAUGCGUCCUUUCAGUGAUACUUCUACUCAUACUCCUGCUUCUUCGAGCUAUAAUUCUACGGUGCCGAAGGGAUCGAAAUAAUUCUAUCUAUCAUCUAUCAUCAUUCUACUACAUACAACUACUACAACUUGAGAACUACUACUGCUGCUUCAACGGAAUACUAAAUCACUAGUAUCUUCCACGCCAUCGGCGCUUGCCUGAUGGGCAUUGUCAACACAAUCGGUGCUGUCUGCAAAGCCAUCAUCGACGGUGUCGUUACCCUCUUCGACGUGAUCAUCUCAUGCCUGACCUGCGGAUCUUGUGGUGGAAGGAGGAGAAGAACGCGGAGGUCAAGAGUCUGACAUCAAUUAA